GGGGAAUCUCAGUCGACCAUCAGCUGCUCAGACAAACAGUUGAGUCGGAGUAACGAACGACGCUGAAAAGGCGAAAGAUUUCAUCAAAUUUCUCGUAAAAUCCUACCAUUGCGAAGUGGAAUUGUAUUGGAGUAUAGUAAGAGAGACUGCAGAGUCAUGUUUCGUGUGAAUUACGACGAAAAUGCAGAGGUUCCAACGGGACUUCUGCCAGGAAAAGGCGGCAUUCAGAGGUCGGAGAAAAAGAAGAAGAACGCUCUGGGAGAUGUCAAGAACACAAUACACCACACUCCGAUGGGAGCAGCGCCAAAGACACCCUAUCAUGGACAUGUGAAGUCUAUCGUCAAGACUCCUGUGAAUGAAUUGCACAAUCCCACCGGCAGCGUCGUCAAGAAGUCCUCCUUCGUGACGCCUGGCAUUCCCAUGAGGAAGAGUGCGAAGAGGUCCACAAAGAAGAGCGUUCGAAUGGCACCCGAGAUGAUCUACAAUGACUUCCCGGAGAGUGUGUACAAGGAGGAUGAGCGAUCACUGAGGAGCAUCUGGGCAGACAACUGUCUGACAGACUGUGACAUCUCUGAAAUCAUCCAGAACACACUCAGCUUUGAUCCCGAAGAGGAGAAGCCACCAAAGUGUCACCUCUACGAGAUGGACGAGCUCAGAAUGCCUCCGCCGUCUCCGGUCGACGAUUCAGGCUUCACCUUCGAGACACCGCCGAUGCUCCCGCUCUUUGAUCUGGACUUUGAGAUGUCCCACCUCGAGCUGAACUGAAAACCAACUGCCUUCCGUUAUAUCAUUUAUUACUUGUUUCAUAAUACAGAUAACAUCAAUACUUGAAUUACCAUUUGAUUUAUAUGAUUCAAUAAAUUUCUAAGUAAAAUGAAA